AGAGACAUUUGUAUUUGGGCUUUCAUUUAAAUUCUUGAAACCAUCACUUUCUGAAGUAUCUGUUAUCUACACUUUACCAUUCAGUAGAGCAGUAUGGGUCACAUAUACAGCAACAGUAGUAAUACUGUCAGUAGCUUUGUAUGCAACAGAGAGGCUGCAACGCUGGAUGAAUCCAUUACAAACAGAUCCUCCUCUGUUAUUUUGUGAUACUGCACUGAAUUCUUUAGCAAUUAUGUGUGCAGAAGGGUCACCACGUUCACCAAAGAAUCUUUCAUCGAGGAUUGUGUUCCUGUUUCUUCUUCUACUGUCUCUGUUCCUCACUACAUCAUAUUCAGCAAUCAUUGUGUCACUACUACAGACACCAAGUGAUGCAAUCAACACUCUAACUGAGCUAAUAGACAGCCCAUUCAAACUAAGCAUGAAGGAUAUUGCUUAUAACACAAAGUUUGUAAAUGAUUCACCGAAUCCUGAGGUAAAGAGAAUGUUCUAUCAGAAAUUAUACACUAGACCUUAUCAUGAAGCAUUUACUACAGAAGAAAUUGGUGUGAAGAAUUUACGUAAAGGAUUGCAUGCUUUUUAUGCUGGUUCAGAAGCAUAUAAAAUUAUGAGUGACACAUAUGAAGAAUAUGAAAAGUGCAGAUUGAAGGAAAUAUCUAUCAAUCCUUCAAACGUUCUUGCAUUCCCAGUGAAGAAGGGUAGUUCAUACAGAGAACAUAUCACACAAAAAGCUCGUUGGUUGAAAGAGGCAGGCAUGGUAGAUCGAGAGUACAAACGCUGGUUCUCCCAAAGGCCUAUGUGUGAUGCUUACAGCCAAGGUUUUGUAAGUGUGCGCAUUAAGGACUUUUACCCAACAUUGGUUGUGUUAUUGAUUGGUAUUAUCAGUGCUAAAGCAAUAUUCAUUCUGGAAUUUGUGUACCACAAAACAAAAUAUGGCACAUACUGGCCAACAACCCACCUGUAACAGUGGAUGAACUUGUUACUACUGAGCAUAAGAAGGAAAUGGCUAACCCAUGAUGUCAGAUGACCUACCCUUACAGUUGUACAAAUUCUAUCUGAAAAUGACUAAAUAGUAGAAGUGAGCUACUUCAUGAUUCUUAGCAGAUUAGAUGAGCCACUAGUAACUUGAAAUUUUGUCAGAUUCAGUAUAAAAUUCUUAAAGCAGAGGUUCUGCUUGCUGCCUGCUUCAUGAUGGUUUCUUUUCUGGCCUGUUCUUCAAUCCUGAAGAUGAAAAUGUCAUGCUCCUCCAAAAUGUCAAUUGACUUUCAUUGGUGUACGUGGCAUUGUAUCCUAAGAGAUAGAGCUUUUCAAGACCACCACUGUGAGAACCUCCAAUUCUACUUGAUGACCUUCAUUUUAAUUUACUGCAAAUAGAAAAAUACUAUUAUGAAGCUACUCUCACUACAGUAUCACACUACAUUCAUCUGAAUUAUGUUCUCAUUUUGAGGUGACAGAGUUAAAGCAAUUGCCAUUUCACAGGGAUAUGUUUUCAGUGUUCUAGAGGUGAAGACUUUGAGAGAAAUGCCGGAUACUUCUUACUGAGGAUGACAAAAAGUGUUUCAACCUAUUCUAUGAAACUGACAUCUCAUAUUUGAAAACACCCCAUUAUGGAAUUAAUUUAGCUAUUGUCAUAGUGUUAGCAAGCCUGGAAAUGAAGGCUUUUGCUGUCUCAAUGGUGAGGCUCAUGGUAGCAUACAGAUAUGAAGAAACAAAGUUUAGUCCCAAACUGUGGUGUAAAAGUUUUCUGCUCUAAAAUAUGAUAUCAUAGAAAAUAAUUUUACAGUAACUUGUAAUUUCCAGAUGAUGGUGGUCCAGAUAUGUAGCCUACUUUUCAUACCAUCAUCAUCAUCAUCAU